GAAAGCUAAUUGACCAAAUUCAGAUGGCGCCCCAAAGCCAAAACGCCAAACGGCCAAAAACCAUAAACGAAAACACGAAGAGGCAGCAAUCCAAAGAACCAAAAGGCAUCAUUCGUUUUAUUCAUGCAAUCCAAGAUCAGUUCAUUCUUCAAACCAUCUGCUUCUAUUGGACCCAAGUCGCUGAUUUCUGACGGCGACGACGAUGACGACGAAUUGACGUAUUGGGAGAAGAAAGAACAUCAUUUUUUCAGUACGUACUCGCGUAGAGCUCAAAAACCACACAGUGAAUCCAGCACUUUAGGGUCAGUCAGCCAAACGCUGAAGAAACCCAUUUGCGAUGAUUCGUGUCUAAAGCCGCAAUCAACGGCAUCUGGAAGACCAAUUAACAAGAAGAAGAAGAGAAGCUAUGCGCAGUUCCAUUUAGAUUUGGGUCAGUCUGAUUUUAUCCUACACACAUGUUCCGAAUGUGGGCUCAAGUACGCUGCUGGAGAGGAAGACGAUGAGAAGGCUCACAAGGCAUUUCAUAGGGACUAUACCCAUGGGAUCCCGUUCAAGGGUUGGUGCAAUGAAAGGGUUAUUCAUAUGCCUUGUACUGAAGGGGAUCGAAUCAUUUUGGUGUUAGAUUGUGACCCUCCAGCUCAUAGGAACAAGGUUGAGGAAGUGGUAAAGAUGAUGGAGACAGAGCUUGGAAGUGGAUGGAUUUCCCAUAGGAGCUGUAAGGUGUAUCUGUUUAUUUCCUCUCAAAGGAUUAUAGGAUGUCUACUUGCAGAACCGAUAAAAAAAGCAUUUAAACUUCUCACAUGCUCAGAGGAUGGGCGAUCUGAUGGUACUGCUACAAAGGGAAUAGCAAGCCGGAAAUUGACCACCCUCCAAUUUGGGGUUAUUAGUUUGAAAAGGGAAAUAAAUAAAAGAGUCCCUUCUCUUGAUUGUUCUGAGGUGGUGGAUGGUCAUCUCAAUGGAGCAAUUUUCUGUGAAAAUAAAGCUGUACCUGCGGUUUGUGGAAUUAGGGCUGUAUGGGUCACUCCCUCAAACAGAAGAAAACACAUAGCCAGCCAAUUACUGGAUGCUGUGAGGAAAAGUUUCUGCAUGGGUUUUGUCCUUGAACACUCUCAGUUGGCAUUCUCCCAACCAACCUCAGCUGGAAAGGCGUUGGCAUCCAGGUAUAUUGGCACUGGAUCUUUCUUGGUAUACAAAACCAACAAUCUGGACUCAUCGAGAGUAAUUUAAUUAUAAAUAUGUCGGCUUAGUUCCAUCACUUUGAGAACAACGGAACGUAUUUCAGUAGUUGAUUUGAAAUUAGGCUGUACUGUGGAAAUCAUU